AGGAGCUGAGCAGGAGUGUACGGGAGCCGGUGUGAGCGGAUGCUGUGGCGGCUGCAGGCAGCGGAUAGUGUCGCAGAAGCUGCUGCGUGUUGUCGCUGAGGUUGAGCCGGCUCGGAUCCCGGAGAGGCUGCACAAACUCCUGGAGCUGUCCAAGUUCAUGCCAAUUAGAAGAAGUCGUCAUGCCUCCCAAACGACUCAGUAAAAAGGAGCGAAGGAAACUGUACACAUCACUGGCAGGCGAGCUGGUGAUCAUGGCCGGGACCGUCAUGCUGGCCUACUACUUCGAGUACACCGACACCUUCAGCGUGCACGUGCAGGGCUUUUUCUGCUACGACACCACGUACACUAAGCCCUACCUGGGACCGGAGGACAGCAGCGCCGUCCCGCCCGUCCUGCUCUACGCCCUGGUGGCCGGGCUGCCCACGCUGCUGAUCACAUUAACAGAGACUGUGCUGUUCCUGGUCCAGUACACGUCCAAAGAGUUCGACCGGUCAGAGAAGACCGUGGCCACCGGGGACUGCUGUUACCUCAACCCGCUGGUGCGCAGGACCUUCCGCUUCCUGGGAGUUUACACCUUUGGCCUCUUCACCGUCGACAUCUUUGUCAAUGCAGGCCAGGUAGUGACAGGGAACCUGGCACCCUAUUUCCUGACGGUCUGUAAGCCCAACUACACGGCACUGGGCUGCCAGCAGGCCCUGCGCUACAUCAGCCACCAGGAGGCCUGCACAGGAAACCAGGACGACAUACUGCGCGCCCGCAAGACCUUCCCAUCCAAGGAGGCCGCACUCAGUGUCUACGCCGCACUCUACCUGGCUAUGUAUGUGACGUGCACGGUGCAGGCGAAGGGCACUCGUCUGGCCAAGCCGGUGCUGUCUCUCGGGCUCAUGUGUCUGGCCUUUCUCACCGGUCUGAACCGUGUGGCUGAAUACCGCAACCACUGGUCGGACGUCAUCGCUGGCUUCAUCAUAGGCACUGCCAUCGCCACUUUCCUGGUGGUGUGUGUGGUCCAUAACUUCAAAGGCAAGUUACUGCUGAGCGAGGAGUCACCAGCGGAGCAGCGGCCCAACACAGCCAUGCUGAACAUGGGCCGGAUGGAGAGUCCUCUGGAGAAGUACAUCGCCUCACAGAAUCACAUCGCCUUCGCUGAGGUCACAUGACGUGGAGUCGGCCGUGUGGCAGACCCAUUGGACGUCCACGCUCUUCACCGUCCAAUCCAGCUAACAGGAGUGCAGCGCUAAAAUCCAUUCUCUGUGUGUGUCUGGUCUGCGGUAUGUUGUUCUAUGUUGUCUUUAUCAGGCCCCUGUUGUCAUUUGCAGCUUCGUGUAUUCAACGAAAAAAAAAGAAAGAAAGAAGAGUCAGUAACCCGGCGGGACAGGCCGCUUCUGCUUUCUCCAUCUAUGCACUUAUUCUGAAUUCUUGUUUGACUCUCGCCUCCCAAAUGAAGCUUGUUGAGAGGCAAACCUGGAGCGGACUUGUUGCACACUGUGGGACACUAGAGGCACAAGUGAAGAACUGGAUUGCACCAUCUCAACUCUGCCAAGGUCAAAUAUGUUCUCAUGCUUUGGUUUUGUUGUGUGCAAAAAGAGAAAGAUGAAAACCCUCUUUUGUCCUGUUGCUGACGUUUUGAUUUUGUUGUCAUCACCUUUAUACCGUUCAAAAGACUGUUGUGAAUAUCAGAUUAUGACAGUGACAGCUGGGCCCAUAUUUAUCAAACUCAUUAAUGAGAAAUUCUGGAUUUAAAUGAAAGAUAAAAAAUAGUUCACUCACACAUAAGAAUAAAAGCCAUUAAUAUAACUCUUUAGUCAAAGAAAGCUUUAUUUCCAUUUGCAGUAUUUAAUUUGGUGGUAUGGCUCUGUUCUGGGACCACUCCGCACUUCCACGUGCCUACUGUACGUGGAAAGCCUUAAGGCAGAGAGAACAAACCUCCCUGCCCUUCCAUGUGUCUCCAUGGAA